AUGGCUUCAAAGCUUAAAGGUAUAAUCUUACUUAUCCAAUGUGUCUUUUUUGUAAUAUUUAUCUUCUGAGGCAGCCUCAGUUGUUUGAAAAUGCCACCGAUUGUGUUUUUCAAUGAACUUUUUUUUUCGGUUUUUUGAGAAUGUUGCUCAAAGUCAACCUUGCUUUCUGAACAUGUUAAAGCAAUUAUCCGUAUACGUUUAAUUCAUAAAAUAUAAUUUUUUUGCGCACAAAACUCAGUGCGGCUUUUGUGUGGAAUCUUUACACAGAACUUUUGAAGACAUUUUAAAAGGAUGGAUAGGGACCGCAAAGCCACGCCCCUUUUCGCGAUAGAAAAAAAGUGGCUUUUUUUGGUUUUCAACUUUCAUUUUGUUGUAGUUGUAAAAUAUGUGGAACUGGCGAAUAAAAUUUGACACACAUGUACAGAAAAAGCUUCCUCUUUCGUUUAAAAAAAUAUUUCACGCUUUUUUUUGAUGCGUUCUCGCGGAAUGUCGUACAAAAAAACGUGAAUGGAACUAAAAAAAUUUUUGUCAUUUUUUUUGCUUUUUUUCAUGUGUUUUCAGGUCGAACGCACUCUUUCUUUUUUUAUAUAAUGAUUUUUGAUUCAAGUAACGGUAAUUUUAAAACAAUAAAAUAAAAAAAUUCGUCUUUGCCAAAAAAAUUUUUAGGGAGUGCCGAAAGUCAUAAUUCAAAAAUAUCGUUAAUAAGCGAAUAUAAUCGAGUUUUUUUGUUUUUUUCAAAAGUUAGACCAUAGGCUUACUUAAAUUUUUUUCUCCACAGCAUAUGUGCUGGAAAAAAAGUUGUUUAAUACGCAAAAAAUGCACUUGAAAAUAGAGAAUAAAAAUUAGCGGCGUUUAUCACACAGAAAGCGGUCGAACGCAGGUUUUUUUCAAACGAUUAUAUACAUUUAUUAGUAAAAAAAUCUUUCAAUUAAAAAGAAUAAAAAUAAAAAAAUUCGUCUUUGCCAAAAAAAUUUACGGGGCCGUUUUAAUGCAGUGAUCGUUAAACGAGGCAAAAAAAGCACUGAAAAAAACUGUUUUUUUCGAAGUGAAUUUCCACGGAAAAAUUUGAGUAAAGAUUUGCGAACAUAUUCUGAUAAAAAAAUAGCUGAAUUACUUCAAAUUUUUUUAUUUUUUUGAAAUAGGCAAUCUGUGCUAUUCAAACGGCUCAAGGCUAUGGCGGAUGGAAGUUCCCUCGCCAGACCUAACAACUUGGCGCAGCGCGUGCGCUGCGAUUUUUUUCAUUUUGAGGUCGCGAGUUCGAUACCCGCAAGCGUCAGUUUUUUUGUUUUUCUGGAAAAAUACCGACUUUUUUUCGGCAAACUAGCUAAUUUUCAUCAUUAUAGAGCUCUAUUAUGAUUUCUUACAUCAUAAUAGACCAGUAUCAAAAACUUGUUCUAAAAAGAAAAAAAUCGAGAAAAAAAUGUCUAAAAUGGAUAACACCAAAAUUUCAGUACUAAAAAAAUGGUGCGCGGCGCGCCACAUUUUUUUCGUCAUAACUUUUUCAUCCUCAUUCUUUUCCGAAAAAAACUAAACGGUUCUGAGUUUCGAAUCGAAACAGCUAUCAAACCAUGCAAAGCUCAAUGCUGAAAAAAUUUUUUCGAAAAAUUGGUCUGCGGUCCCUAAGGAUGGAUUAGACCAUUGUGAUUCCUAGCUUCAACCAUUUUAAAACUCACGCAAAAACUACUUUUAUAUGCCGAGUUCAAAACUAUUACUCGAAAAGUUGCAUUUAAUGCAGUAUUAAGUUCCGCACGCAUGUUUAAGACAGUGCUACAGCGACCGUCGGCCGGUCAAUAUUGCGCCGUCAGUUUCGGAGCCAAAAACUUUUUUAACUUUCUCUCUUUUUUGCAAUUUUUAAGGACCUAUUUCUUGAGGUUACAAGAUAAGGUACGUCACAAAAAGUACAUACGCUUUCGUUUUAUUACCGAACAACCUAUCCUGACUACCGUAAUUUGACAGGCCGCCUUAAACAGGCGUGUCAGUUAUACGUCUCUCUCAGGUCCUAGUCGGAUUGAACAACUAUUGAAUUUUUUUUCUUUGCAACUUGUUCAGAACCUAUCUCUCGCGGUAACAAGAUGAGUCACGUCUCAAAAAGUAUAAUCAUUUUUAAAAUGGUGUACCUUUAAAGUGCUUUCCGCGCGAGACGGUCACGUUUCAAAAGAAUAGAAAAGUAAAAGUUACCAUAUAUACAGAAUUUUGCUCUAAAACACAAAACUGCAAAAAAAGACCACAGGCGAAUCGAGAAGGUAUGAUAAUGUGUCCAUCUUGAGACCUCCGGCAUACCUUUUAGCUAUAUCUGGGCUAUCUUGGAGGUACUCCAGAGUCUCUCUCAAGCCCCUCUCUUGAAACGAAGAUGUCUCGAUUUUUUGGUCAAAAUCCUCAGAGGUAUACUCGAGGUACCAUCGAUAGACUUCGGAGUCUGCGAUAUACCUCAGAGGGUCUCGCGAUACCCUUCUCGAUUCGCCUAUGACGCCAAAAAACAAAGGUCUUGAAACGAAGAUGCCUCAAUUUUGAUUCCAACUUGGUAUACGGUCUUUUGGGGGAAAGAAAAACGUGACAAGCUGGCGCAAAACGAAGCAUAACCCCGUUGUGAACAGACAGGAGAAAGAGAGCUGAGGAGACGCGAACGACGAACGAAGACUCGGAAAGCUGCGCCAAGACGAACGGCUCUGUCGACGACGCUCAUGGCGCAAACAGUACGGUAGGAGCUUAUAAUCUUUUCGAAACGUUUCAACGGUGGUUCGGAAGAUCGCCUCAAAAAUCGACAAAAGAAGAGCGCCGAAACGGACACCCACUACCCACGUCAAGAUCAACAUGGAUAAAGACAACAAUUAUUGUGUUCGCAAUAUAGAAACCGACGACAGCGAUUUCAGUAUCAGCGUUGCAAAUGUGGGUGUUUUUUUAUUAUUCUUUUUGAAAAAAAUUCUGAAUUCUAUAUUUUUUUGACUGGCAAUGACCCACAUUAUGUCAUUUUGUUUUUCUUUUAGAACUUCUUCGAUAGAUUUUUGAAAGCACAAAAAAGAAAACAUUAUUAAUGGCAGGAAAAAAAAGAUAAAGAUACUUCUAGUUUUGAAAUCUCUUUUUACUCUUUUCGCGUUGCAAAGUUCUGAUUUUCAGCCGAUUGGUUCUUCCUUGGAAGAUCGUCUACGUGAACUUACUUUGAAAUAUCGCAAGGAUGAAUACACGAACAAGACGAUCGUUGCAAAAGACAGUCGGACGUUGGGUUUCUAAAUAUUUUCAAUGAGAAAUACAAUGGUUCCAGGGAAGCACCAGAGAGAACCGACCAACCGCCGCCGGUUCCCAAAAAACCCGAUAUUCUUACAGAACGAUUUUAA